ACAAUCUCCUAACUCAGCCUCCCAAACCCCUGGAAUUACAGGUGUGAACCACAGGGCCCAGCUCUAGAUACUUAUUUUGAAGUUUUAGCCAGCUUGAUCUGCUGAUAGAUUAGUUGUGGGUGUGAGAUAAGAGUCAAGUUCACUCCGAAGCUUUGACAGUAGAAAACAGUCAAAAGCUGUGGGAAAAUGGCCUUGACUUGACUUCCUUCCAUCUUCCAAUCUCAGUUAGUAGGAACUAAUUCACAUCUAGAACUCUACUGCAAGAGAAUGGGGAAAUGUUAGUAUUUUGCUUUCUAGCCCCUGCGGUCCAGCUUGACGCUUUACAAAGGCCUGCGGGAUGACGAGUGCCACCUACUAUAUCCUCUGCAGUUGUGGCACUCGUCUAAAGUUGGAAUGUGGCCCUGUGGUGCUGUGUUCCAGAAGGAAGCAGCCCCUUUAGCUAGACCCGCACUCAGGGUGACUUGAAAACCUUUCUACGGUAUUUUUCACAAGAAUUCUGGAAAUGUCUUAUGUUGUACAACCUUAGUGGCUAAAUUAGAAUCUUAUCUUUGGGCUACAAAAUUUUACCCAAGCAAUCAUGCCUCUGUGUCUGGAUAUUUAGAUUUUUCCAGUUUUUCACUGUUUAAAAAAGUGACGUGAUAAAUAACCUCGUUAAAUUGUUGCCAGCAUUGUCAACUAUUUUCCUAAGGUUCUUUAUUAAAAACAGCUUUACUAACUGGGAGCAGGGGUGUGCACCUGUAGUCUCAGGUACUCGGGAGAUGGAGGCAAGAGGAUCACUUGAGCCAACAAGUUCUAUACCAGCCUGCUGAAAAACACAGCAAGACCUGUCUCAAAACAAAACAAAACAUCUUUGUUAAGUCAAAUUCUGUGACUUUUUUUUUAAAUUGGUGUUCGAAGCCAGGGCUUUGUGAACGUGAGGCAAACACCUUGCAUCUGAGCUACAUUCCAACUCAUUCUGUGACAUUUUUAAGACUUUUGAUAGAUCUUGCCUUCCAGAGUGUUUGCACCUAUUCAUAUGCUCCUUUGUAACCUUAAAUGUGUGACUGAGGUUCAAUUUUUAAACUAUAUGAGCAUUAAAAACAAAACAAACAAACAAAAAAAACCCCUGCUCAUUUGGAGACCUGCCAUGUGCUUACAGGACUCUGGGUGGUUACCUAACCUCUGGUUGGUCCCUUCCUUCAUCAGCAGAACUGGUGUGCUAAGGACAUCCAGCUACCCGUGGUAAUUAACCAGAACAGGUUCAACAUCUGCAUCCUCUGCAGACUUCCAAUGGAUCCUAUCCGACCACCAUUCAGGGGCCCUGCUCCUGUUCACCCAUCCCAAUGUGUACGGAUGCCAGGCUGUUGGCCACAAACUCCUCGGCCUUUGGACUCAGCUCUCGGUAGGGCAGGGCCUGCAGGCAGAGGCCAUAUGUUUGGAAAGCCAGAGGUGCCCAGCACACAGAGCCCAUCAGCACAAAGGGAGUCUGUGGGUUUGGUGUCCAUGUUCCGAGGCAUGGGCCUUGAGACAGUGUCCCGGACCCCUCUGAAACGGGAAGUGCCUCCUUUAGGCAGAGGCAUUUUAGGUCGAGGCUUGUCUGCUAACAUGGCACGAAAGGACAAAGAAGAACCCCGUCCCACAUUUCCUGACCCUUCGGUGUUGGCUGCUGGGGAUAGCAAGCUGGCAGAGGCCUCGGUUGGUUGGAAUCGAGUGCUAGGAAGGGGGAGUUUGGAUUCCUCAUUAUUACCAUUGGGAAGAGCAACUGGUGGUAUCGGCAGAGGAGUGGACAAGUCUCCCAGCGUGUUUAGCCUGGCCACUCGAGAUCCCCCACGACUGUCACCACCCCCACCUUUGCCUCAGUCCUCAUUGCGUUCUCCAGACUGCCCUCCUGUCCUGACCAUGGAACACAAGGAAAAAGAGCUUUUUGUGAAGCAAGGAUCAAAAGGAACACCUCAAUCUUUGGGACUGAACCUCAUCAAAAUACAGUGUCAUAAUGAAGCAGUUUAUCAAUAUCAUGUGACUUUCAGCCCCAACGUGGAGUGUAAAAGCAUGAGGUUUGGCAUGUUGAAGGACCAUCAAGCUGUCACUGGAAAUGUCACUGCUUUUGAUGGAUCUAUUCUCUAUCUGCCUAUUAAGCUUCAGCAAAUUCUUGAGUUAAAAAGUCAAAGGAAAACUGAUGAUGCCGAAAUCAGCAUUAAGAUUCAGUUGACAAAGAUCCUGGAGCCCUGUUCUGAUCUGUGCAUUCCCUUCUACAAUAUUGUUUUCCGGCGAGUAAUGAAACUUUUAGAUAUGAAGCUCGUGGGGAGAAACUUCUAUGACCCUACAAGUGCUAUGGUACUGCAGCAGCACAGAUUGCAGAUCUGGCCUGGCUACGCAGCUAGCAUCCGCAGGACAGAUGGAGGUCUCUUCCUGCUAGCUGAUGUCUCCCAUAAGGUCAUUCGAAAUGAUUCUGUGCUGGAUGUCAUGCAUGCCAUGUAUCAGCAGAGCAAGGAAAACUUCCAAGACGAGUGCAGUAAACUUCUGGUUGGCAAUAUUGUUAUCACCCGAUACAAUAAUCGGACCUAUCGUAUUGAUGAUGUAGAUUGGAAUAAGACUCCAAAAGAUAGCUUCACAAUGUCCGAUGGGAAGGAGGUCACAUUCCUGGAAUACUACAGCAAAAACUAUGGGAUCACAAUUAAGGAAGAGGACCAGCCACUGCUGAUUCACAGGCCCAGCGAGAGACAGAAUAACCGUGGAACGCUGCUAAAGGGCGAAAUCCUGCUGCUGCCUGAGCUUUCCUUCAUGACUGGGAUCCCCGAGAAGAUGAAGAAGGACUUCAGAGCCAUGAAGGAUUUGACCCAGCAGAUCAACCUGAGCCCCAAACAGCACCAUAAUGCUUUAGAAUGCUUACUACAGAGAAUUUCAAAGAAUGAGACGGCCAACAAUGAACUGACGCGUUGGGGCCUGUGUCUACAAAAGGAUGUACACAAGAUUGAAGGACGUGUUCUACCAAUGGAAAGAAUUAACUUAAGAAAUACUUCAUUUAUCACAUCUCAGGAUCUAAAUUGGAUUAAGGAAGUAACCAGAGACCUUUCCAUCUUGACUAUCCCCAUGCAUUUCUGGGCGCUCUUUUACCCAAAGAGAGCAAUUGAUCAGGCCAGAGAACUGGUUAACAUGUUAGAAAAGAUAGCUGGCCCCAUUGGCAUGCGCAUGAGCCCACCGGCCUGGGUCGAACUGAAGGAUGAUCGAAUAGAGACCUAUAUCAGAACCAUUCAGUCCAUGCUGGGAGUUGAGGGGAAGAUACAGAUGGUUGUUUGCAUCAUUACGGGCACACGUGAUGAUCUCUAUGGGGCCAUCAAGAAGCUGUGCUGUGUGCAAUCCCCGGUGCCCUCACAGGUCAUCAAUGUCCGGACCAUUGGUCAACCCACCAGGCUUCGCAGUGUGGCUCAGAAAAUUUUACUUCAGAUUAACUGUAAAUUGGGUGGUGAACUCUGGGGAGUGGAUAUUCCUCUGAAACAGUUAAUGGUGAUCGGGAUGGAUGUUUACCACGACCCCAGCAGAGGCAUGCGCUCUGUGGUUGGCUUUGUUGCAAGCAUCAAUCUCACCCUUACUAAGUGGUAUUCUCGAGUGGUGUUCCAGAUGCCUCAUCAGGAGAUUGUGGACAGCCUGAAGCUGUGCUUGGUGGGCUCCCUGAAGAAGUUUUAUGAGGUGAACCACUGUCUACCAGAGAAGAUUGUGGUGUACCGUGAUGGAGUAUCUGAUGGCCAGCUGAAGACAGUUGCCAACUAUGAGAUUCCUCAGCUGCAAAAGUGUUUUGAGGCUUUUGAGAAUUACCAGCCCAAGAUGGUGGUGUUUGUAGUUCAGAAGAAAAUCAGCACCAAUCUGUACCUGGCUGCUACUGAGCACUUUGUGACUCCCUCCCCUGGGACUGUGGUAGAUCAUACAAUUACAAGUUGUGAGUGGGUGGAUUUCUACCUUCUCGCCCACCACGUACGACAGGGCUGUGGCAUUCCUACACAUUACGUCUGUGUUCUCAACACUGCGAACCUGAGCCCUGAUCAUAUGCAGAGGUUGACUUUCAAACUGUGUCACAUGUACUGGAAUUGGCCUGGUACCAUUAGAGUUCCAGCUCCUUGCAAGUAUGCCCACAAGCUGGCUUUCCUGUCUGGACAGAUUCUGCACCAUGAACCGGCCAUCCAGCUGUGCGAGAACCUGUUCUUCCUGUGACCGCAGCCUGGGCAUAGGCUGGUAGGAGAAAUAAGACUUUGCAGCUCAGCCAUGACUCUUGCAGAAUGAGCAGAGGCAGAAGUGGGAUUUUGUGUUGGUGUUUUCCCUUUCUCUAACCCUGUAGAAUAGGUUUUCCUUUUUUCUUUUAACUUGAUAUCAUCAAGAAGCAAGUUUUCAAGUACCAGGUGGAAAUUGCCUUCCUGUCUUUGAAGAGCAAAUGAUGGUAGUACCAUGCAGAGGCAGACAGAGUCGGUGGAUGUAAGGGAGCCAUUAAAAGCCUCCCAAGAAGCUGGGCACAGUGGCACACACCUGUAAUGCCAGAGACUUGGGAGGCUGAGGCAGGAGGAUCACAAGUUGGAGGCCAGCCUCAGCAACUUAGCAAGGCCCUAAGUAAUUUAAGGAGACAGUAUCUCAAAAAGGACUAGGUAUGUAGCUCAGUGUGACUAAGUGGUAGAGUGUGCUUAGCAUGUGUGUGGUCCCAGGUUCAAUCCCCAGUGCCCCCAUAAUAAAGAGCCUCCCAAGCCAACACAGCCGUAGAAAUCUGCAGAAGUAGCGUUUGUACCUGGAAGCUAUGGUUAUGAAGCAGUUCCCAUUUCUGGCACCAGAGCUGUGAAGGUGAAUAAAGUCAUUGCAGAUGUCUAGAGAGUUACUUUUUAGGAGCAACUGGGAAAGAUGAAAGAAAAGGCUGUGAAGCAGAGUUUUUCCAAGAGAGAUUACUGUUGCCCACAGGUGUGAAAGGCAGGUAAGACCCUCCCCUGGGGCAUAAUCAGGCCUGUGUAUUCUUCUUCCCUGGGGACUGAGUUCAUGCCACCUGUGCCUGGAAUCCGAUUUAAGGUGGCUUCAGUUGUUCCUCAGCUUCUUGAGCAAGUUUUUUCUGUGCCUUUCGGUUGCUUUACAGCAUACCAUGUUGCUCUCUUGCCGCCCCCCCCACCUUUGUUUCUUGUGACUGAUCUUCAGUAAGUUUCAGUUUUGUAAGUAACAACCUGAGCACAUGGAAAGAAUUCAACAGCUAGGAAAGUUCAGGAUGAGGUGUGAGCUUUUAAUUGACCCUUCCUCCCAGGUACAUGGCCUUUAUUUCUGAGUGUAUGUUUGUAAAUGGGAUUGCUCAUUUCUCUUGCACAAGAAUGUCUUCCAGUUGUGGGCUUGUUUAGCUAGGGAUUUUUCGGAAUCCUGGUUAAGAUUUCCAGAAGUCAGCUUUGGAAAAUGGAACACUUCUACCAAAGUCCACACAUUACAGUUUAGGAAGUUACCACUCUGCCUGCGAGUUUCAGUGUUUGGGGGGAAGCACUGGUUCUUCACUGGUUUUUUCUCUCUCCUCUCUCUCUGUCCCCUCUUUUUCUCCCCUCCCCAUUUAAAAAUCUUCAGACUCAUUUUUAUCAUACCUUGCUUUGCUGGGUUUUAAAAGCCAAUCUUAUUUAACUUUUUCAAAUUGGUAUUUAUUUAUUUAUUUGUGUGUCUAUUUGUGUGUCUAUGUGUUUUGGUGUGAUGGAAGGGAGAGAAUGGAACACAAAUACCCAUUUUAUACGACAGUGCAUGAGAAGAAGAACUUCAGCUUAAACUCCUUAGAAGAAGCCAAGAGAGCUUUUAAUUUGUAGCAGUGCCAGCAGAGGUUGGGAAGGGAUGUGUGUUGAUGGGGAUUUAUUUGGAGUUGGCUACAGAGGGCGAGGCUAAGGCUGGGAAUCUAAAAACCACAUGGAAGCACUGGUCUCCGGCUGGAGAGAUCAGCUUCUGAUGUUCUUUAGAAGCAUUUUGAACUUCCCUUUUAAAGUUGGAUUUCCUAGUGCUCUUUUUCUCUUAGAUAAUCAGAAGAGAUAAAUACUUGAAUAUAAUAUAGAAAUUUCUUCACUUUUUAUUUCUGGUGUGUU